CGAUCGUCUCUAAUUGUCUCUGCUUCCUCCUGAUUUUUCUUUUUUCAGUUUUUGGCCGUUGAGAGAGUUUUGAUUUGCAGUCUCUUCUGCGCGGCCGAUCUCUGACUUCCUCUCUCUAAAAGUCUCUCUCCCUAUCUCUAAACGCAAUCCCUCCCUGUAUUUGAUCUUCAGCAAAGGUAUAUAUAGGUGUACUAGCUGGGGCAAUUGGACUACUAGAUGCACAUGACUUUUGAGUUAUUUUUCUCGCUCGUUGUAGAGUGAUAGUAAGGAGGCAUAAAUGUUGAGGUUACAUGUUCCCUUUCCAUGGACAUAGAUGAUGUGUACCAGUUGAUCUCUAAUACCUUUCUGUGUCGGGGGCAAUCUGAAUUAGAGUAGUUAGUAAGAAUGACUGUGGGGAGCUUAAAGAUGCAUGCUGGAAUUGAGGAAAAUGGGCACGGCGAGCCUGGGCAGUAUAUACCAAGCAGUACUGCUUUUGCAUGUAUGAUAAAUUCAGAAAUUGGUGCACUUUUGGCUGUUGUGAGGAGAAACGUAUGUUGGGGAGGCCGUUAUAUGUCUGAGGAGGAUCAACUAGAGCAUUCUCUGAUCCAAUCAUUGAAGUCAUUACGGAAAAAACUCUUUUCCUGGAAUCGACAGUGGAAUGCAGUUGAUCCAUCCAUUUACCUCCAGCCAUUCUUGGAUGUGAUUAGAUCAGAUGAGAUUGGAGCACCAAUAACAGGAGUUGCAUUGUCUUCUGUUUAUAAAAUUUUGUCUCUUGGCAUACUUGAUCCAACCACUGUGAAUGUCAAAGAUGCAAUGCAUUUGGUAGUUGACGCUGUAACAAGUUGCAGAUUUGAGGUCACCGAUUCUGCAUCCGAAGAGGUUGUGCUUAUGAAGAUACUUCAAGUUCUUUUGGCGUGCAUGAAGAGUAAAGCGUCAUUUUUAUUGAACAACCAGCAUGUCUGCACUAUCGUGAAUACGUGUUUUCGAAUAGUUCAUCAAGCAGGCACAAAAGGCGAGUUACUGCAGCGUAUAGCUCGCCACACGAUGAAUGAGCUUGUAAGGUGUAUAUUUUUGCAUCUACAACAUUUUAAUCACACAGGAAAACCAUCAACGCAUGGAAAUGGGCCUCCUGGAGAGACAGAGGUGAGUGUGCUUCAAAAGGAGUACACAUCUGAAGAUAAACAGUUAGAUAGAAGUAAUGGUAGUUCCGAGAAUGCUUCUGUCUCUGUGGGUUCUCUAAGAAGCUUGGUAGAUGAUUCUGUGGUUGGUACUGGUCACAGUGAGGUAGCAGUUGAUGCAGUUCCAAAUCCCAUGAACGAACCGUAUGGAGUCGCUUGUGUGUUGGAGGUUUUCCAAUUUUUGUGUUCCCUCUUGAACGUUGGAGACCAAAUUGGUAUGAGCCCAAGAUUGAACUGGACAGAAUUUGAUGAGGAUGUGCCACUUUUUGCCUUGGGAUUGAUAAAUUCGUCUAUUGAAUUAGGGGGAUCCUUUAUAAGCCAGCAUCCGAAGUUAUUGAUUUUAAUUAAGGAGGAGCUGUUCCCAAAUCUAAUGCAGUUUGGCCUGUCUAUGAGUCCCCUGAUUCUCUCUAUGGUCUGUAACAUAAUCCUAAACUUAUAUCUCCAUUUGCGAAAAGAGCUAAAAUUACAGUUAGAAGCGUUCUUGUCAUCUGUAAUUCAAAGACUUGCACAGAGCAAGCAUGGGGACUCUUCAUAUCAACAGCAGGAGGUUCUAAUGGAGGCUCUUGUUGACCUCUGCAGGCAGAAGACAUUCAUGGCAGAACUGUACGCUAACUUCGAUUGUGACAUAUCUUGCUGCAACCUGUUUGAAGAUGUUAGUAACCUUCUGUCAAAGAGUGCUUUUCCAGUUAACUCUCCAUUGUCUUCGAUGCACGUUCUCGCUUUGGAAGGUUUGGUUGCCGUUGUUGAGGGAUUCUCUGAAAGAAUUAGUAAUUCACCAUCAUUUUCUGAUAAAUCGUUAUUAGUUCUCGAACAGUAUACUCCAUUUUUGAAUGAGAAGUGCAAGAAUUAUGCUGAUCCAGACAGUUGGGUUGGAUUUGUUCGUCAUAGGAAGCAAAUUAAGAAAACUUUGAUGAUGGGUGUUGAUCACUUCAACAGGGAUCCAAAGAAAGGUCUAGAGUUUUUGCAAAGAACACAUCUCUUGCCUACUGAACUUGAUCCCCAGAGCGUAGCUUUGUUCUUUAGGUAUACCUUAGGGUUGGAUAAAAAUAUUGUGGGUGAUUUUCUGGGAAGUCAUGAAGAAUUCUGGGUUCAGGUGCUUCAGGAAUUUGCUCGAAGUUUUAAUUUCCAAGACAUGAAUUUGGAUAUAGCUUUGCGUUUAUUCUUAGAAUCAUUUAGGCUUCCAGGAGAAUCCCAAAAGAUACAGAGAGUACUCGAGGCAUUUUCGGAGAGAUUCUAUGAACAGUCACCACAGAUUUUAGCUAACAAGGACGCUGCACUUGUGUUAUCUUAUUCUAUUAUCCUGUUAAAUACGGACCAGCACAACGUGCGAGUUAAGAAGAAAAUGACAGUAGAAGAUUUUGUGCGAAACAAUCGGCGAAUAAAUGGUGGGGAUGACCUCCCUCGUGAGUUCCUAUUGGAGCUUUACCACUCAAUCUGCAAGAACGAGAUUAAGAUGUCUCCAGAGCAGGGUGCCGAGGUUGUGACGCCAAGCCACUGGGUCAACUUGAUGCACAAAUCAAAGACUGCGCCUCCAUUUAUUACUUGCGACUCCAAACCCUUUCUUGACCGUGACAUGUUCUCUGUGUUAUCGGGUCCUACACUUGCCGCUAUUUGUGUGGUAUUUGAUAAUGCAGAAAAUGAAGAUAUUUACCAGACAUGUAUAGACGGUUGCCUGGCCAUGGCCCAGAUAGCAUCUUGCAGUCAUUCAGUGAACAUACUGGAUGAUCUUGUUAUUUCCCUUUGCAAAUUCACAACUCUUCUUGAUACUUCUCAAAUGGAUGAUCCCAUUUUAGCGUUUGCCGACGACACCAAAGCUAUGAUGGCAACAGUUACAGUUUUCACCAUAGCAAAUAAGUAUGGUGAUUAUAUUCGUGCUGGCUGGAGAAACAUCUUAGAUUGCAUUUUAAGUUUGCACAGAAUAGGUUUACUUCCAUCUGUUGCGGCCAGUAAUGAACAAUCUUCAGAUCCUGUUUCUGGAAAACCAAUAGCGCAGUCUACAGCUUAUGUGCCUGUGAAGACUCUUGCUCCUCAGAGGUCAUCGGGGUUCAUGGGCAGGUUUAGUCAAUUAUUAUCUCUUGAUACAGAACAGCAAAGCUUAGAACCGACCGAAGAAGAAUUAGAAGCUCAACGACGCGCUCAUCAAACAAUUGAGAAAUGCCAAGUUAGUACCAUUUUCACAGAUAGCAUGUUCUUGCAAUCUGAUUCUCUAUUGCAGCUCGUGCAAGCCCUAAUCUGGGUUUCAGGUCCAUCCCAGAAAGGGAAAAAUGGUUCAUCUGAAGAUGAAGAUACCUCGAUUUUCUGCCUGGAAUUACUUACCACAAUCACACUUUACAAUCGAGACAGAAUUGUUCUUCUUUGGCCAGGUGUUUACGAACAUAUAGCUGGCAUUGUUCAAUCUGCUGUAAUGCCUAGUGCGUUCAUUGAAAAGGCAGUCUUCGGGUUACUUCACAUCUGUCAGCGUUUGCUCCCCUAUAAAGAAAACCUUGCUGAUGAGCUCCUGAAAUCUUUGCAAGUUAUCCUAAAGCUUGAUGCUCGUGUAGCCGAUGCAUACUGUGAGCAAAUAACACAGGAAAUUGCUGAUCUUGUGAAAACAAAUGCAGGUUGUAUCAAAUCUCAGAUGGGAUGGCGGACAAUUGCUUCCUUGCUCUCAAUCACCGCUCGACAUCCUGAAGCCUCCGAAGUGGGUUUCGAAACACUGGCUUUUAUCAUGACUGAUGGAUCUCAUCUUUCAGCGGUAAACUAUAGUCUUUGCGUGGAUGCAUGUAGGCAGUUUGCAGAAUCACGGGUUGGGUCCGCAGAGAGAUCGAUUCAUGCAUUAGAUCUAAUGGCAGGGUCUUUCACGUAUCUCACUCGAUGGAAACUAUCUCCUCAGGAAGCAUCAGAGGUUUGGCUUGCGUUAGUGAAGGGACUAAAGAAGGUUUGCUUGGAUCAGAGGGAAGAAGUUCGAAAUCACGCAAUUUUGUCAUUGCAGAGAUGUACAAUAAUGAUUGAGGGAUUUUCACUGCUGCCAGAGUUAUGGUUGAAUUUCUUUGAUUUGAUAAUAUUUCAAAUGCUUGAUGAUUUCCUUGAGAUUGUGCAGGGAAAAUCAUCGAGGGAUUACCGUAAUAUGGAAAUCACACUUUUGCAUGCUCUGAAAUUAUCGUCAAAGGUGUUCUUGCAGCAAAUAAUGGAUCUCUCUUCAUUAUCCAGCUUUCCGAAGCUAUGGGUGGGAAUCCUCGGCCGCAUGGAAAUUUACGCCACAAUCAAGAUAAGAGGUAAAAAGAACGAAAAACUACGUGAACUUGUUCCUGAGCUUCUCAAGAAUUCCUUGCUUGUUAUGAAAACAAGUGGAAUUCUCUUGAACCCCAAAAUCAAUCCUGGUUCUGAUCCUACAUUGUGGGAAUUGACAUGGCCCAUCGUAGACAAUCUAGUUCCUAGUUUAAAAUCUGAAGUAUUUUCGGAUAAAGAACCAGAUGUUACCCAACAGCAAAAAGAUUCAACAAUACCGGAGCUCUCCAACAAUGGCAUCAGUACAAGUACGGCUUCUAUACAGUCAUAAAUAGUUAGAAUUUUCAUUUACAUUUUUUUGAUCAAUUUUUUUUCCAAUAUCAGCAGCUUUUUUGGUAAAUUUUUAUGAAUGCAUCUCUCCAUUUAUCAAUUUGAGAUGUUUUGUGAAUGCCAUAUGUUUAAUGUAUAAGAUUUUUUAUAAGAGGUUGCGAUGGGUGCCCAAAACUUACAGAAUGGGCACCUAACCGAAUCAUACCUGAUGUAUACCAAAAAUUCAGGGUUCUUUUUCUUCGGGUUCUUGGGAACAUUACUCAUUUUCAUCUCUGGA